CCGCGGGAGCGUGGGAGAGGAAGGGCCUCCGGGCUGCAGACGGCGCGCUCCGCUCUGCGGGGGUGACACUCGGGCGGCUGAGGCGCCGCUGGAGCCCGAGGCCCCGGAAGGUCUCACCCGGGCAGGGCGCCCCGGCCCCGGCGACGAGGUCGCUGCAGCCUGUGCAGGGCGGCUCCGGGGAAUCCCCGCGCCUCCUCUCCGGAGUUUCUCCGCCGACCGGGUGCUGUGCAACAGGUCACGACUUCCGGUGGGGUCCAGAAGAGGGAGGAGGCGCUGCCUCCGCUGCGGCCGCUCUCCACACAAUGCAGAGCAUCAAGUGUGUGGUGGUGGGCGACGGGGCUGUGGGCAAGACCUGCCUUCUCAUCUGCUACACGACUAACGCCUUCCCCAAGGAGUACAUCCCCACCGUGUUUGACAAUUACAGCGCCCAGAGUGCGGUCGACGGGCGCACAGUGAACCUGAACCUGUGGGACACUGCGGGCCAGGAGGAGUAUGACCGCCUCCGCACCCUUUCCUACCCUCAGACCAACGUCUUCGUCAUCUGUUUCUCCAUUGCCAGUCCACCCUCCUAUGAGAACGUGAGGCACAAGUGGCAUCCAGAGGUGUGUCACCACUGCCCUGACGUGCCCAUCCUCCUGGUGGGCACCAAGAAGGACCUGAGAGCCCAGCCUGAUACCCUACGGCGCCUCAAGGAGCAGGGCCAAGCGCCCAUCACACCGCAGCAGGGCCAGGCACUGGCCAAGCAGAUCCAUGCUGUGCGCUACCUCGAGUGCUCGGCGCUGCAGCAGGACGGCGUCAAGGAGGUGUUUGCGGAGGCCGUCCGGGCAGUGCUCAACCCAACACCGAUCAAGCGUGGGCGGUCCUGCGUCCUCUUGUGACCCUGGCACUCGGUCUGGAUGCUGUCCCUUGUCCCCCACCAAUAGUGCCUUGGCGCCUUGUCUGCCCCCAGCUGUGCCUUAAGGACUAAUUCUGGCACCCCUUGCCAGGGGACUCCCUGAAUGCCUUUUUUCCCUUCAGGAGGUACACAGGGAAAGGGGCUUUGGGCCCCACCCCACCCUGCUUAGGAAUACCAAGUAUUCCAUGAGUUCACCUAAGCAAGGCUGACCUUUCCAAGAGGCCAACCCCGUGCUCCCCUCCAUUCCCGCUACUGACCAGUUCUUCCAGCUUCCCACACAGCUGCUGCUGCCUAUUGUGGUGCCUCCUCUCAGGACAGGGGCUCUGACCUCUCUGCCUUGCUCUUGGAGUAGGCUCUCCAAGAUGUUCUUUCCCUCCCCCAAGGAAGGAGCCACAGAAUCCUGAGAAGAAAAAUGUACCCUAACCUGCCCUAUGUGCCCAGGCCUUAUGCAUCUGCUGACUGACUCAGGCCCCGUGCUCCUGGGGGCCUUUCCUACCCCCAUCAGCAUCAAUAAAACCUCCUGUCUCCAGUG